AUGCUGAGGCUGGCCCAAUUCCUCCUGAGCCUCCUUGUCCUGGAUUUGCAAGGAUCAUUGGGGGAUACUCAGGACAAUAACCGAACCGUUUGUCUACUAAACGAUCCUCCUAAUCAAUGUGGGCAGUUCUGCCUUACCACCCUCCAACCGAUGACCGAUCUGAUUUCCGAAAUCAAUGCAAAGUUGAAUGGAAUCCAAGGGGCACAGCAGUCUAUACAGAUAAAACUUGCGGCGGUGGAAUCUGGACUGGAGGACCAAAGGACGCAAAUUGAUAGGAUUCCCACGAAAGAGGACUUCGAGUCAAGACUUAAUGAAACAGAAGCCCAACUUAUGGAGGUAAAAUCCGAAAUGAAAGACCAAUUUGAUUUGCUGCAGAUCAGGCUGGAAGACCAGAGUGAAGCUCCCAGAGAACCCAGCCUGAAUGAAACAGAAAAUCAACUUGUGGCUGUCAAUUUCGAAGAUCUUCUCAAGACUGGACUCACUGAAGUUCUAACAAAAAUACAAGAGUACCAGGAAGCCGCCCAAACCAAGCUGGAAGGUCAACUGCAGACAUUGGAGACCAAAUUGCAGACUCUUCUAGAAAACCAGCGAGCUUAUUUUCAAAAAACCGUUCUCGAAACGCUCGAGAGAGUCUCUUUAAGCAUCCCGCCGAACUUUGAAAAAAUCGGCCAUAGGUACUUUUAUAUAGAAAAUAGUACUAGGCUUGAUUUUUAUUCGGCAGAAACCAGAUGUCGUCAGUUGGGAGGUUACCUGGCGGCGAUCCAAAACCAAGAAGAGCUGAGUGCCCUAACAGCAAAACUGGAUAAAGAUACCAAAUACUGGCUUGGCAUUAAGGGUUCGGAAUGGGAAUUCGUGUCUGUUGCCUCUAAGGCCACAGCUACGUUUUUGAAGUUUGCGAUUCAAGAGGGUUCAGAUUAUUUCGAUGGGGUCUAUCUAUUCAAUGGAGAAAUGUAUAAGCCUUAUGAUUUAGAUGACCUUUAUUUCAUUUGCCAAGCAGAUAACAAAGUAUAG